AUGGAUUUUGCUGAUCCGCAGGGGGGAAAAGGCACAUGUGAUCGAAAAGCAGCCACCAUUAAACCUCACAUGAAGAUUUUUCAUGAUGAAGGCAACAACAUUGAAUCGGCUUCCGACAUGAAAACGGCCAUCCUGUCAUCAGGCGGUGUUCCGGCAGUUAACGUUGCUGUUUCAGGACCUCCAGAUGAUUCAGAGUUCUCCAAAGUUGAGAUCAAAGGUGUGAGUUUCUACACAAAUGUUGAGUAUACGCGUGGUGGCUUCAAAGUGUGGAAAGCUUAUAACAUCGGAAAGGGGAAAGUUAUUCCACGAAACAAGUUCAGCAUCUCCUCAUUCUCUGUACCACAGGUGACAAACCUUGACAUAGGAUCCCAAGAAAGUCAGUCAGAGUUCCUAACGGUUAAAUCCAAGAAAAAGAGCGAGAAAGAAGAAGAUGACCUCCAUUCAGAAAGUCUUCCAGUUUCAAGAGAAGAUAUAGUAGACGACCAAAAUGAAAGUCAUCUUUUUUCCUGUCCAGAACCGGGAUGUAUCAAGCGUUAUCAACGUUUUCAUUCAUUACAGCGACAUCUUGAUUGUGGAAAACACAAACGUGAGCUUGAACAAGAAACAAUUUUUGACAGAGCAGCUAUUGGUUACGCUGAAAGGCUUGAUAAGCAGUCUGGCUGUGUUCCUGAAUUACAGGCGUUUCAAAAUGCAAAAUCGCCUAGACAGCACGUCCUUUCCAUGGGCUGGGCUCCCAAAUCUGCACAAACAAAACGAACACGUUUUAACGAGAAACAGAAAAACUACAUGACGACAAAAUUCAACAUUAGAGAAACCACAGGCUUUAAAGCUAACCCAGCUGAUGUAGCGAAGGCUAUGAUGACAACAAAAGAUGACAACGGUGAUCGCAUGUUCACAAGCGAGGAAUUUGUGACAACACAACAAGUGUCAAGUUAUUUCUCUCAUCUGGCAUCGAAGAAAAGACUGCCCAAUGCGCAGGAUGAUGAUGACGCUCUUGCGGCGGAGAAUGAGACAGACCUUCAAGAUCUUCAGGAAUUAGUAGUUCAAGAAGUAUCUCUGCAACACCCAAUUUAUUACAACCGUCACAACAUGUGUGAGCUCAUUAGCAAUUCAAAGAUGAAAAGAUUCGCAGUUCCAAUGCUGCGACAAAUGUGCAUUCAUUUUGAUAUUGACAUUAACGACAUUAAGGCAAACUUAAAGCAGCCUUACAUAGACAAACUGACUGUCUUUGUUGGACAAUGCCCCUGUGCAAUGUAAGCUGGCAUAGCAAGACUUACGACAACAUCUAGGACAGUCUAGUCUAGGUCUAGGAUAAUAUAAAAACUCAGUUAAUUUAUUGAUAUCACUGACAUAUCCGGAAAGUUUUUGCAUCGUAAAAAUAUUGGUUUCCAUGAUACAAAAUUUUAAAUGAAAUUUAAAUUGUAAAACGGUACCUAGUUCUUUAAGUAAUGUUGUUGUUUCUAGUGUAAUUAAUAUUAUUACCAAUAAUAUAUGAUUGAAUUAAUGCAAUUUCCGCGAAUAGUAAAAUAUAUCCAAUCGUUACAAAUUACGUUCAAUAGAAAGCUCUAAGAUUCUGUUUUAAAAACAAUUAAGGCAGCCGCGUUUUUCCAUCUUGCAAAAUUUUAUUUUCUUCUAUAUUUUGGAAGGAUUCAAGUAUCUUUCAACCCAAGUUUGAUUUUGAUAAGAGAUGGCGUAACAGCCGUAGGGUUCUAAAAAUAGCUUUGUUUACGUGGAAAUUAGAUAAUUUUAAGGACGUUUUUCUCGGCUUUAUUACAAUAACCCAACUCAAUGUUUUUGUUAUGCACGAGAGCAACAUGUCAAGUGUCAACAGGUCAAUUUUCAAGGAAAUCCGUAUUAUAGCACAUAACGAAACAACCAGUUGUGUUUAGGAUAUAAAAUUGUACCGCGAAUGUGCCAAAAAGGCACUUCGGUCAUUCAAUUUUACUCUUUCACAAAAUAGAUGAAAAAACCUAUAAUUACCUCGCAGCGUUUCAGUACUAAUACCUGUAUUAAAAUUGAGUUUGAAUAUCUUAGUUUUCUGUUGUUUUAAGGCGCGCUGAAACAGUUUUAAAAUCUGACCUACACCAUGUCUACUUCUAUUGUUUUGACGCCGUAUGAGGGUAAAAUCAAUUAUUCAUAUUUUCUCGCGAAAGAAUGCGUUUUUUUGCAAAUCAAACUACAUCACGAUUCUAAGCUAUCACAGGACUAUCCAAAGGCAAAAUAUGAAGAAAAUCGAUUUCUGCACUUGUGCCAAGAUUUGAAGAUUUUGCUUGAUUUUUAUAGACAGUCGCUAUUAAACAACUUGAAGAAGAAUUGGAAGGUAUUAAUAAUUUCCAAAGCCAGAGUGAGCACCAGUUUAUAAAAGCUUUUACCCCAAGAAUGAUGAAAGUCAAUCCUGAAUAUAAAACGAACCGACCAAAACUUCUUCGUGAUAUUAGAAUAUUGCGUAAGUUUUUUGGUGGUAAAAUUCCCGAAGAAACUACAAAUGAUCCCGAACAGCUUAGAAUUACAAUUGCCAAGUGUAAACGUACGUUACAAGAUGAAGUUGGCGAUGUAGGAGUACUCGGCAUCGUAGCACACGAACGAAGACAACAAAGUCAAUCAAGCGGACACGCAGCGAAAUUCAAUAUGAACAUGAACUUGUCGUCUUGUCGCCUGUCAAAAACAACGGUAAAGUCUUGACACAAAAACAAAAUAUAAACACAGAUUUCAUCGAAACAAAAAUCAUGAAUAAUGAACAAAAUACGAGACAAAAGCAUUCCCGAGCUAAUAAAGGGAAGAAAAAGCGUAAACGUAAAGGCAAGUCAGUUUACCACGACAGAUCUUCAAGUAACUCCGAGCUGAGUUCAUCCUCAAGUGUCAGUAGUAGAUCGUCCAGCAGUGAUUGCCUCCACAGUCGGAAAAACCCUAAGAAAGCCUCUACAAGAAGAAAACUACCGUACAAUGAGCAGUCGCACAGAAUAACGGGUUUUACCCAUUUUCCAGUUCAAAAUGUGUACUCCCAACAGCCUUUCUAUGAGAAUCAUCAAAUGGGCACAUUUCCUAUGGCUAUGCAUAUGUUGCCUGCAUAAAACUACUUCGGGGCACAAUCGUCGUCAAUACCGCACAGUACAUUAGAACACAUGCAGCGGUUUCAAACAACAAACAUUGGAAUUAAACACUGCUACUGGUGAUACAGAAUCGGGUCAAACGACUGUCAACGAAGAAACUGAAAGGCCUUAUGAAAGCUCUCCAGGUUUAGAUCUGCUUUCUUCUGCAGCAUAUUUUAUGCAAGACAAGCAUUAGAUAAUUAUAGCUGACGUUGCAGCUGUACAUACUUCUACUGUGGUUAUACAUGUAAUACUACAAGUUGAGUUCGUAUAUUGGUUAAGUUUUGCAUUUGUGUUUUGUAUCAUCAGAUUUACAUAAGAACUAUAUUGGCGCGCAUCGGAUUGCAGAAUUUAUUUCAAAAAAUUAUGUAUUUUAUUGUUGUAAUUGAUAUAUUGGCGGUAUUCAUUGCUGGUACAGUGUACCUCGUUUUUGUUGGAUGGUAUCGUAAUAAAUAGGUUGUUGUGCAUUUAUGUACUUUGGUUUGUUCGUUGAUUGCAUGGUAUAUGAAAAAUUAAGGUUAAAAAAACGCUGUCAAUUUACAUGCGAAUUAACGUGCAGAAAUUGCGAAGUUCAAAGCGAAACAGCCUGAGUCCACGCUAGGAAAAGUUGUUCUCGACAAAUUCUCUAGUUCACUGGUGGAGAGGGUUGAACAUGGACGAUUUGAGGGGGUAAACAAAGUUUUUUUAUAUGGAAAUUUUAUUCACGGUGAAAGCAAUAAAAGUUACAUCAUUCAAUUGAAUUAUCCAUGCGCACCCAUCCAUACGAUACAAAUAACAGAAUUUUUGCGCUAAAAGAAUGUUUUUUGCUACGAAAGGUCAGGUUCAGAAGUUUGACUUAAACCAAGGUGAAACUAUAAAUUUUAGGUUAACAAAGAUUUGUUACAUGGGAAUUUUGUAUGGAAUUACUUGUAGUCGUAAUGAUAAUACAGUAUUUGGCUGUUCGGCAAAUGCAUUUUUCUUGCCUUUCUGCUCCCAUCAGUCCCAUGCAUAUAAUAUAAAUUACAAUAAAUUUGCUGAGUAGUAUAGGAAGUAGCGGUUCUAGACCACUUUUUCAGCCCGCGAUCCCACCCCACUUCCGGUCAGCGGUUUCCCAAAUUUUCCCCAAAACCGCGGGCUCAGUUUUUUCUAGACCAUUUUUUUAGUGGUCUUUUUUACCUCAUUUUUUAAUCUUUAUUAUCAUAUUUAAUUAUACUCAAGGGGCCGAAGCUCUUAGGGUCAAACACAUUACUUGAAUCAUCUUUAUUAUUCUGUGUGUUGACGUCAACGUUAAUAUUAUUUGAUACAGAGAAAUUUAUAUUACCAGCCUUUCCAUUCUUACUAGAACUCUUACGACAACCACAAAUCUUACCUAACCAGGAGAAACAUGACCUCCAUCUUGACAUCUUACCUUAUGAUAAAACACAUGUUAAAUACCUGACCCUGAAUAUCGAAGUGACCAGCAAAAGGACAUAUCCAUACUCGAUCCAGUGGGCAUUGAGUGUUCAGGUUUAACUAUAAUACACCAAGCCAGCGUGUUAUCUACCAAUUCGACCUGGUUUCCUAAAUAGAACAUACUAUUACCCUUGAAAACGUAGCAAGCUGUACUUCCACCUGUAGUUGUGUAAGUUCCGUUAAACCAGGUGUGUGACAGUCUUCUUAAGUCUAUUGUUCUCAGAGCAAUUUCCUUAUUAACCUGGGUAAAUUUUCCAUUAGAUUGUUUUUCCCAUACAGUAGCCCAUAGAAUUAGAGCUAGUGGUAUAUUUAGAAUGGUUGAAAAGGUUGGAAAGUCUGAUUUAAUAGUAAUCGACUCAAGGUUGAGGUCUGCCAUAUUAUUAAUAGGAUCUGUUCUCCAUGAAGGUGGAAUCUGAUCGUGACAGUAAGCGUAGUACCUUGUUGCUGCAACUGAAACACCACGAUAACCCCAGAUCCACUCAGCGUGAAUAUGACGGUUUAUUCUUACGUAUCUCUUAUCGGCCACUGCUUGUACAAGUCCAGUGGAAGGUUUAAGGAAAUUCCUUUCUACCCAUUGUUUGUUAACAGCAUCCUUAUCAUUUACCGGAUCCUUUAGAUCAAGAAUACCACUUGAAUCUCCCAUAUCCAAAUCACCCUUUACCAAUCCACCUCUACUACUCAUGAACUCAUUAGUCGCCCAUCCCUUAUUAACAGCUGAACCGUCAGUUGUAGGGUCACCAACUUUUGUUAACUCGAAAUCGUUAACAUCAAGGUUACCUGAUAAAACACCACCAUCACGUUUCAGGAACUGUUUACACCAAUUGCUCAUAGUUCCAUAAGAAACUGCACUAGAAUCCCCAACCGAGCCACUAUUUAGCCCCGUAAUACUAUUACCACCCAUGUCAAUAUUACCGCUCAUAGUAAGUCCACUACUACUCGUAGAACUCACGCUGACAUGAUCCGUGACCCAUUUCUUAGACACAGCAGAAUUAUCAGUAGUAGGAGCACCUAACUUUAUUAUUUCAUUGUUAUUCAUGUCAAGGUCAUCAGAUAGUGUAAUACCACUAUAAGUCUCACGUUUACGUCUACCUCCAGAGAUCUUAUUUUCAACCCACCCUCUAUUUACAGCGUCUGUGAGAUACUCAGGAUUUCCGAGUUCACGUAUUCUGUUACCUUUCAUCCACAAGGUACCGGUCAUAUUGUUUUUAGAACCACCCGCACGCGUGACAACAUUAUUUUUUACCCACCCCAUGGAAACAGCAGAUGUAUCAACACUAGGAUUACUAAUAUUUUCAAUUUCAUUUCCACCCAUCUUAAGAUUACCAGUCAUUUCACUUAGACCGUUUAGUUUAAGAUAGGUAACUAGCUGGCUAAAUCUUACAAGACUGGCUGAAUCUAACCCAUCUGAGAAACUUUUAGGGGCCUUAGAGAAGCUAAUAGGCCCGGUUACACUCUGUAAUAGGAAAGAGUCGCUUAGCCUUAGAAAUGUUCCCUUGUUUGAGACAAACCACCUUUUUGUAACAACAGAUUGGUCAGUAGUGGGAUUACCAGCAUUUUUAAUUUCAUGUCCACCCAUUUGAAGAUCACCUGACAUUGUAAAACCUGAGGAACUGGGAAUUGUAGACAGCUUACUCUCAACCCAACCUUUAGAUACAGCUUCACUACUAAGUUUAGGGUCAAUAAUAUCAAAUAGUCUCCAGCCUCCCAUGGAAACAUCUCCUUGCAUAGUUCCACCUUUUUUAACAAAGUUAUUAUCAACCGCCCACUUUUUUGUGACAGCUGACUGAUCCUCAGAGGGAUCCUUAAGAUUCUUAAUCUCAUGGUCUUUCAUAUCAAUAUCCCCAGAUACAGGUUUAUUUAGCUCACUAACUACCCAGUCCUUACUAACAGCAGACUUUCCAGUUGUGGGAUCGCCUAAAGCCUUUAUUUCAUUGGUUGACAUAUUGAGAUCAUUUGUAAGGAUAAGUCCAGGUAGGCUUACAUGUAUAUGCCUACGACUACCUUCAACCCAACUCUUACUAGCAGCAUCACCCGGAUUAGUAGGAUUAUCAAGAUUAGUUAUCUUAUUACCUCCCAUGUUAAUAUCCCCAGUCAUUGUAAACCCUGCUGGUUGAAUUGUAAGAGCAGCCCGUUUAAUGAUCUCAUCAUCCACCCACUUUCUUGUGGUCGCAGAAGUAUCAUCUGUAGGUGCACCCAGACCUUUCACCUCAUUACCAUCCAUCUCAAUGUCACCCUUCAUGGUAAAUCCAUCCUUAUCAAACACACUACCACUUGAUGGGUCAACUUUAUUUACUCCUUUAUUGUAUCCUCUAUAGAGAGCCAUUUUAUAGAAUACAUAAUGUUUACAGGGCAACUUUCAUUAGAAUGAAUACAACUAUAGCACCAAUUCCAGCUGCAGCAAUAGCACUGACUCCUGAAGACUCAUUAGUACUAACCACACUAUGCCCCGUGACAGGAACAACCUGAGUCUCAGCACCUGUAGAACCUCCCCGGGGCUUAACUCUUGUAGAACCUCCUGGAACUUUUUUAGUUCCAUGAAUAGUAUCAAGGUGGUGAACAGGUGUAGUGUCUUGAUGCUGUUUCUUUGGAGGAUCAGUCUUCUUAACCCCAACAUAGUUUAGAUUAGUAUUAAUCCCAAAGGUGGUUGUCUUUGUAGGACUUGAUAGUAUAUUAUUAUAUCCAGGAAUAGGUGUUUCAAGAAUGAUUAGCUUAGAGGGAAUCAGUAUUAUGUUAGGAUUGAUUGCCAUAUUCAGUAUUACAUUAGUGUCCCUUAUGGCUAUUCUCAUAUUACUAAUAGUAACGUUUACACUAGUCUGCACUGUGGUGUCAUUAACGAUUCUUCUAAAAGCCUGUUGCGUUUGAAGGGACUUACCUAAUUGACUACUAACAAUACUCCACCUUGUUUUAGCUUGAGCUCCCAACACAGAAUAAACAUAACUUUCCACACUAUCCAUAAGCAGCUGUACUCCAAUCUGUGUGAUACCAUUCGAUUCAUAUGGUAUGAAGUGGAGAUGAUCAGAAUUCGAGUAGUUUACCCAUCCAGUUUUAACAUAUGUUCCGCCUCCAUGACUGGCUCCAUUGAAAGCCUGAAUACUAAUUGGAAGAUGGCCUUUCAUUCCACUUAUGUCGUAUGAUUUCAUCAGCUCAGGGUUUUUAAUAAACUUUCUCAUUGUAUAGUAAAGAUGAUAUCUAGCUAUUGAAGUAAUCUGCUUGGGGUUAUAAUCAUUCCACUCCAGAUUCUUAACAGAGAUACCACAUAGAAAGGUUGCAAUAUACGCGGAGCAUAUCUGAGUAAAAUAAGGUUCGUUCACAAAGUCCAUACUUACGGUGCGUAUAUCAGUUUCAAUACCACUGGGAAGUUCAUCAGUACCUCUAUUGUUUUCGUAAAGCACUGACUUAUUUUUCCAAUCGUAAAGUUUUAUCGGACUAAAUUUAGAAUAGAAGUAAUCCUUAUCAGAAACGUACACCUUGAAAUUAUGCAGGGGAUAUCCCAGAUUAACAACCUUCUGGAAAACUGGGUAGUGGUGAAUACCCCAUUCAUGCUUAGUAUCCCUCAAAUGUGUAAAAGCUGGUAUGUUACCUCCUGAAGCCCAAAUCAACGGCCACCCAUCCUUUGUCUUUUUGGGAGAAGAUAUUAUUAAACUAUUUGCAGAUGUCUUUGGUAACUUUUUAGCUACCUCUAGUGGAGGUUGUUUCAUAUCAGUCAUAGGUACAAACUGAACAGGCACCUCAGCCUUUUCCUUAGUACCAGUAAGAUAAGAUGUGAACUCCUUAUUAUUCAGAAAGCCGCCAUACCUAAUGUCAUAUGAAGUUAUGCCAUCUAAGUCCACAAACCAUGUUACAACUCCAAUAUCACCACUACCUGUAGUCAUAGCUUCAAACCUAAACCUGUUCAUAUCAGCCUUAGGAUACCUUCUAACAAACCUAGCCCUCUCAGCAUUCUCAGCUUUUUUACCAGCAAUAGGAUCAACAUCAUUUUCAUCUUCUUUUCCACACUUUUUUUCAUAAUCUUGGUAAGACCUAUAAGGCGACUUCCCAACGUCUCCUCCACCUGGUAUCAUUCUUAAUAACCUAACGUAUGUUAUUAAGAUGAAGUUCACAGUUUUACUUCAAGGUUCGCACACAAAUGUCUUACUACAGAAUUCAGUUCUAACGAGUAAUUAUAAUUCAGUCUUCAUAAAGAGAGUUUCAGUGUUUUGGGAAUACUUCAAUAUAACAGGACCAACAACUAUUCUCAAGGUAAAAACAGCUGACGGGGAAUCCGAUGUCAUUGUCAACAAGGGUUACUACACAUUUGAUAGUAUGAGAAAAUUACUUGAGAGACACGGUGUUAAACUAACAUAUUUUCCUGAAACGGCAGGAUGUCAAAUAGAAGCUGUAAAGCAAGACGUUACAAUAGGAACCAGGUUUUUAACAAUGCUUGGCUUUAAUAGAUUUAGUAAUCCAAUGAUCUUACUAAAAGGAAGGAGUCUAACUAGUGAUAGCAAAGUUGACUUUAAUAAUGGUCUACGAGGUGUAAAUGUACACUGUAAUCUGGCUAAUAACAGCUUUAAUGUUAACACCUGGGGAAGACAUAGUGAUGUAAUAACAAGUGUUACAAUUCCAACUGACAGACCGUUAUUGGGCUCAGUUGUUAGCUAGAUAGAUAGAUAGAUAGAUAAACUUUAUUUAAACACGCUGACCUCGUCAACCGAAGCUGAUUUCCACGAGGGGCGUGCGAAAAGUAUACAGAAAAGAAUUAUAAAACUAUUUACAAAAUUAUAUAAGAUAUAUAGUAUUAUAUGAACUAACAAACUAAGGUAGUAAUCUAUAUACAGAUAAUAUUAACAUCUAUGUUAAUUAGCUAUCAGUCAAUGUGAGUAGUGAUUUUCUUUCGAAAAGAAGAAAAGGAUUUGCUCUCUCUUAUUUCUUUAGGAAUAGAAUUCCAAAGGUGUGCUCCGUCAUACACGAAACUUUUUUUCAUAUUAUUAGUACGCGGUUGUGGUAAACAAAGACUACUUGAAAUGUUCCGAAGUUUGUAGUUUGUCACCUCACCCUUAUAUGUGAAGAGAUUACUGAGUGAUUUCGGUCCCAUUUUGUUCAAUAAUUUGUACAUGAUUUUUGCUUUACUUUUCUUCCUUUCUGUUUUAAGUGGCUUCCAACCCAAUGCUUGCAAUGCAACAGAGUGAUCUAUGUCAUUGCUCAUAUUCAAAAUAAUCCGAGCAGCUCUGUUUGUAGUUUUUGGAGUCUUUUUGAUUGCGUUUCUCCAAACACAUCCCAUACUUCACAGCAGUAAUCGAAAUAUGGGCGAACAAUAGCAUUAUAUACAGAAAGAAGUGUUUGCUUAUCAGCAAAUUCUUUUAAACGUCUAAGAGCCGAUAUUCCAGAUGUAAUUUUCUUGCAAAUAUUCUCAGUAUUAGUUUUCCAAGAUAAAUGCUGGUCAAUUGUCACUCCAAGAGUUUUGGAUUCAUAAACUUGUUUAAUUGACUCGUUUUCAAUUUUCACGUUUAGUUGCAAAUUUGAAAUAUUUUUUAUCAUUUGUUUUGAACCAAUUAACAUAAACUCAGUCUUAGCAACAUUUAGACUAAGUUUAUUGGCAAUUAGCCAUUUCCUAAGUUUUUCCAAAUCAGAAUUCACUGCAGUUUCAAGAUCAGUAAUAGAGUUUCCAGAAACUGUCAGGUUCGUAUCGUCAGCAAACAACCGAGGUUUUGUUUUAUCCAGGCAUCUACAUCAAUGUAGAAAGCAGAAUUCCUGUAGUCAAGGGUUCUUUCUCAGAACUUGUAUUCUACAUGACAGAUCAAGACGGGAAACCUAUUGAUAUAGGUGAAGUGCUACUUGAGAUGUACCUUGAGCACUAGCUUACAUUGGUUAAUAUAAGAUGGACGAUGAUAUUAUGAAAGAACAGGGACUACGAGAUAUUUACUACAAUCCUAAGACUGGAUUUCAAACACCAGAGAAACUAUAUCUUAGAGCAGUAUCGGAAGGACUUAAAGUAACCAGAAACCAGGUCAAGAAAUGGAUAAACGAGCAAGACACAUACACUAGGUAUAGACAAGUGUUCAGGAAACAUAAGUUCAGACAGACGUACGUUCAAACCUUAGGUGAACAGUUACAAAUGGAUUUAGUUGACAUGACAAAAUAUGAUGACAAGAACAAGGGAUACCGAUGGAUUCUCACAUCCAUUGAAAUACUGAGUAGGUACGCAUUCACAGUACCAGUGUAUAGGAAAAACGCGACAUCAAUGAAGGACGCAGUCAGUAACAUUUUAGAGCAAUUUAAUAAUCGUUUUGGUAAAUACCCAAAAUUCGCCCAGUUUGAUCAAGGCACAGACUUCUACAACAAAGAAGUAAAGUCAUUGCUCAAUAAACAUAACAUUGAGUUUUUCUCUACUUACUCAGACAAAAAGGCCGCAGUUGUGGAAAGAUUUAACAGAACACUAAAAUCGCUAAUGUGAAAGUACUUCUACAGUGCCAGUACAUAUAAAUGGUUAGACGUUCUUCAAGACUUAACUGAUAAUUACAACAGUUCAGUGAACAGAUCAAUUAAAACAACACCAGACAGUGUCAACGAGUCCAACUGGACUGAAGUAUGGAAGACACUUUUUAGUCACAAUUUAGGCAAGCCGUCAGAACCAAAGUUUGCUGUUGGAGAAAGUGUUAGAAUUUCAAAGUACAAAUCAGUGUUCACAAAAGGGUACGAAGCAAACUUCACAGAGGAGUUGUUCACUGUGACAGAAGUGUUUCACGGCCAUCCAAACACGUACACAAUAAAAGACAGUGCUGAUGAACCAAUAAUUGGCAGAUUCUAUGAACAAGAACUGUAUAGCGCUGAAGGAAGAGAACCUGAUUUCAAAAUAGAGAAAGUACUAAGAAGAAGAACAGUGAAGGGUAAAAAGAUGGCUCUCAUUAAGUGGUUAGGUUAUGAUGACAAAUUUAACAGUUGGAUACCAGCUGGAGACAUCAAGUCCCUAACAUAAGUUAAAGUAUUAUGGAGGACUACGAUGACCGCGAUGAUACUGAGUUGGAGGAGGUAGAAAAAAGUUAUCCUCAAUAUGACAACCUUGAUUAUGAUGACCUAACGACAGCCUUUAGUGAGUUAGAUGCAAGGGUGAAGGGAGAGGCUAUGUAUGGUGAUGAUCCUAUAGUAUUAACCAAUCUUAAAAGUGAACUGGACUAUGUGAAGAGUCUCAUGGAGAGCCGUGCAAUAGCAGAAACAACUUUCACUGAAGGAAAUGAUGGUACAGUGAACAUUUCAGGUCCAUCAGGAAGCACAACCACCCCGGGAGUAGAUUUCGUAGAAGAUCCAAACAAUGUACUUCCAGACGUACUAGAUGCAUUCAACGAAUCAUUUGACGCUGACUGGGACGAAAUAGAAGCCCGCCUAGAGAAACUAAAUAAGAUUUCAACAGAAAAUAAAAAGAGAGAUUUUGAAAACCAAGUGGAGCGUGUUCAAGCUGUCACAAGAGUUAUCAAGGGUAAGGAGGGACUGAUACUAGAUCCUAGGAAUAGAUACGUCAGGGAACUCAUAAAACGAUCAUCUGUAAAAACACUCAAGGAUGGCACAGAGGUGUUGGUAUUUAGAAGUGAACAAGGUAUUGAUAAAAGUGGCACACAAAUAAUGAAACGUGGUAAGACCAGUAAACCUGUGUACUCCAAGAACUCCACUGCAUUAAGAGAAUACAAGGACCUUAUAAAGAAAAUAAAAGAGGUACCUACGAAUCCUGACAAUAUAAUUGGAAGUGAUGAGGACACUAGAGAAGAGCCGCAAUUUGAUGACAGUGAUGAGGAAUACGCUGACCGUCAGAAUAUUGAGUUAAUAGACAUAAGUGCAAAAUUAGGAGAUCUUCCAGGGUUAACAAUGCAAGAAAACAAUGAACUAAGAGGUGUUCUUAACCCACCUGAUGGACCAAGCAUAGAAGGUAGAACAGGUCCCAAUGGAGCGUUGCAAAUACAAGCUGACUACUUUAACGAAGCUAUUAAUGAAACCGUGAAACAAGCCGGCUCUGUGGAAGGUGUAACUGAGUACAAUGCUCUUAUAGAAAGAAUUGAUAGUUUGAAGGAAGCUAGGGAUAGGACACUGGAGCAGAGAGUAGUAGAGGAAGCAAGAGAGGCACAGUUGGAAGAUAUUUCUAGAUUACGUAAAUUUAUAGAUUGGGUAGGAAAGGAAAAAGUGGGACUUGUAGGGAUAGCAGUGUCAACAGCAAGUUUAAUUACAGCCCUAUUAAUUCAUGCUAGGGGAGCUAUUGUGAAGACAGCAAAGGCCACUGGUAAAGUAGCAAAAGCAUUAGCAAAUUUAGCAAAGAAAGCAGGACCAAUUAUAGUUCCAAUCCUGAACACCAUUGCAACAGCGCUAUCCUGGGGAGCCAGAGGAAUUACCUGGCUAGCGUCUAAUUUAUGGGUACUAGCUGUAGCUGCGGCCUUAAUAGUAUAUAAUUAUUACACAAAGUAACUUAGCUAUGGAGGAACACCAAGAGGAAUACGAUGACCGGAGAAUGGAAGAGUUGAGGGAAAAGUAUCCAAACUAUGAAGAAAUGGAUAUAGAAACUUUAGAUAGCGAAUUACCGUACCUUGACAAGGAUCUUAGGGAAAGUGAAACUACUGAGGAGACCCAGGAUAUUAACGAGGAAAUUAAUUACGUACAGGAACUAAGGAGAAGAAAAAUGUUAAGUGAAGACCUUACACGAGAGCAAUUAGAUGAGAAAUUCCCUGACCUAUCUAAUCUGUCAUACGAUGAUCUAAUGGAUAGGGGAGACAGACUUUUAAAUGAAUUAAUACUAUCCGAUUUGGAUGAAAACAGUUUCAAAGAAAAGUCGGAAGAACUGAGGUACGUUAGAAUGCUAUCAAAUGAUUACCAAAGAGAGUCAAAUCUAAAUAAACUUCUCAACUUAAGAGAUAAGGUGAAAAAGAGGGAUCUCAUUAAACGGGAUGAUCGUAGGAGACUGCAGAGGCUCAGGUUAUGGGCAAGGGAGAAUGCAGGCAUCUUAUCAGCUGUUCUGAUUUCAUCAUCAGCUAUAAUCAUAGGACUGGUAGCUUCAACUAGAAACAUAUUAUGGAAAGUAGGUGACACAACAGGAAAACUCGAUAAGCGGAUCAGUGAGUUGGUAAACAAUCAAAUAGAACUACCACCUGUAUUCCAGAAGAUAGCCGAUGGAGUAGAGUUAGCAGCGGAUAAUAUAUGGAUAAUCAUUGUAUGUGCAGCAGCAGCAGCACUGCUGUACAAAUACAACUAAACAUUACAUAUUGUAUAAAGUAUGAAUACCACAGAAAGAGAACUCCAACCUGGUUUCAGGAGAAGCCGUAUGACAUCCAUAAAAGGACUUAGAACCAGAAGUGUUGUAACUUUCAAUCCAACAACAAUUAGCCCGGGGGAAGAGCUGUAUAUUAACAUCCCUAAAUUAAGACCUGACUCUUGUUUAGUUCCAGGAUCACUUGCACUAUUAUUUGACUUCAAAAAUUCAAAUACAAAGAGCAGGUUCAACAAUAACCUAGCUAAGUUAAUCGCAAAGCGUUUUCAGGUUAAAGUAGCAGGUGAAACAGCUUAUGACUGUUCAGGAGAGAGUUUGUACGAAAUAUACAAAGAUCUAUGGCUAACUGUUGGCGACAGAAAUAAGAUGACUGAACAGGGUCUUGCAAGUGAGAAUCUUAGGAAGUUAAUCUCAGGUGACGAUUCAGGAGUAAGAGUUGGUGAUGCCAAUAAAUUAGCAGAUGCACUUCUCCACAGUGUGUACGGUUCCAAGCUGAGAAAACCUAUUGAUAAAAUAAUUGCAGACCAUGGACUCUACGUACCAUUCCACAUGAACAACAAUCCUAUGUACAUACUCACACUCCCCGAAUCAGGUGAGAUUAUGACGGCUCAAGGAGGUGAAGCUAAGGGUAAUUAUAAACUUGAUAAUCUUGAGCUAGAAUACGAGACCAUUCAGAAUGACGCCCUUGCAAGUGAAGUGUCAAGGAUUUAUUCAACAGGUCGAUCACUGUCCUACAAACAUGUCACACUAAUGCGUACAAGUAAUUGGGACAAAGAUCUUACUAUUGUGAAUGAAAACAUAAAUAUCCCCAGAAAGAGCAUGUCAGCAAUUGUCCUUCUAUUUACCAAUAGAGUGAGAACUGAUUCUGAAGAAUAUAUUUACCCAAACAUUGAUAAAGUGAACCUAACUAUUGAAGGUGUGCCUAAUGCAGUCUUCUCCCAAGGACUUCAUAAAAAUAGGUUCUUCGAAGAGGCAAAACGAUUCUUUUGUCCUAUGUGUGAGAAAUCCAUGGCCGACGAAUUUAUGUCCAUCAGCAAGUUCUUCGGCAACGGUUUCGCCUUAGUAGUAGAUCUAAGGUCAACACAGGAUGACACCACUGGAGGAGGUAGAAAGAUUGUUAACACGCAGUCUGGAGUACUUAUGGAAAUUAAUAAGAGAGCCACAACAGCAGACGUUCAGUGCAACAUUUUUAUUGUAUCAGAUGCUCUACUUAACUUUGCUAAUAGGGAUCUAUCAAGUAUUCAAUACUAGGAUACCCUUCGUAUCCGCUACUAACGUAGUCGGUACUAGCCACACAACGUAGCUUGUACUAACGGUAAAGCAUAGAGAUGAAUCUAGAGCCACCAUUCAAUAUGCUCAUAGUAGGAAUGACAGGAAGUGGUAAGACUCAGUUCUUACUUAAUAUGCUAGAAACAGAGUACAAUAGAGUAUUCGAUUACAUUGUCAUUAUAUGUCCAACCAUAGAGCGGAAUAUGACUUACAUUAACUGGUCUCAUAUUAGCGACCGCGGGGUUAUACAAAUUCCAUGUUCCCAGGAAAUGACCAACCUAGUUCUAAAAGCAGUGUCCACCAUAUUUCGCGGUACUCAGACUCUCAUCAUCGUGGACGAUUGUGCGGCAGGUCGGGAUGUAAAGAAAAGAGUCUCAGAACUGGUGCGCCUAGCAUUCUCCGCAAGACAUUAUAAUAUAUCUGUUAUUGUGAUUACCCAACAAUUGUCCUCAGUAGCAAAACCAUUCAGGGAGAACAUUUCCAGGUUAGUCACAUUCUACAACCCUAGUCGUAGGGAUAUGAAGGUAAUAACAAAUGAUUACCUGAGUGGUGUUCCUCAGGAGACAAUUACAGAGAUUACAAAAAUACUGAAAGAUGAAAAGUUCACCGCAUUAGAUAUACUCCUCAUUCACCCUUAUACUUACACUAUUAAACUAAACACCGCGUAGAAUAUAGAAGAUGGGAUCAGAAUCUGACGAAGAAAUAUCCAAUGCUGUGAGAGAAGUAGAGGAGGCCGCAAAGACGCCGCAAAGGAAAGCUAAGUCCACCGCAAGUAAAACGAAACCCACCGCAGAUAAGUCGCAAACUGAACAUAAAAGGAACAAGCUUAUCGAGCUAUCUAGGGACGGUGCAAUUGAUAAGACCGCAAGUUUUAUAAGAAAGUCCAACAAGGAUGUUGUGGACAAACUUUACAAUGAGUAUGAAAGUCAGAGGAUGUCAUUCGCAAGUGACUUCUUAUCAACACUUAUAAUUUCAAAGUUUGCUUCUGUAUUAGGAAGUUUUGGUGCAGUGGAAUCAUCAGAAAAGCUGUCAGAGGAACUACUUGGUGAUAAACUUUUAAAGGAUGACGUAGCAUAUCUAACUAGAACGAUAUCCCCGAAUAUUCCAUUCAUAGGUCUAAUAUCAGGUGGUUGUACCACAGCAAAGCACGUUGUUGCUCACAAGUGGAAAAAGAAGGAGAAGCCUGAGGAGAUAUCGGAGGAAGCAAAACAUAUCCUAUUACAUAGUGAAGAAGAAUGUCAGACCACGAGUGGGAGAACGCCUGGGAAGGAACAGAGUUCGAAGACAUAAUUACUGAGCUGAUUGAAAAAACCAACGUUAACAAGGAGAAGCUAGAUGGGAUCCGGGAAACCCUUGACUCAUUAGAGAAAGACCUAUAUUCACUUAGAAAUAAAAUCGUAGGACCUCUCCAGUAUGACUUCCACACAUUCAAGACUGAUACGAUAAAAACAGUUGUAAAUAUAUACAAGAAACUACAUGGGACGUAGUAUUUUUAAACCAGGGGGCUAACAAGCUGGGUGGGUAGAGGGAACUUAGUGUGGGGCUCAACCUAAGUCUCACCAUUAAUCAAAUUUAAAUGUCAGAUAAAUAGUCAUUAAAUAGACAUAAAUAUUUUUACAUAUAUAGUAUAGAGAAAGAUGGAAAAACUAUUCAGGAACCAGAAGUUGAAUGUUAGUGUGAGAGCUGUAGAGAGUGGUGAGGAUGUACUGUUUUAUGCAAAAGAUGUGACGGAAUCUCUAGGGUACGCUGACCCAAAAAAGGCAGUUCAGAAAUUAGUUAGGAAACAAAAUAAGGUGAGUGUAUACGAGUUACGCAAGAGGGGCGAAUCGCCCCUCUUACAGAAAUGUCACCCACAGACAAUCUUACUUUUUGAACCUGGUUUGUACCAGCUAAUAUGUAGCUCAAGACUUCCAAUAGCUGAGGACUUCCAGGACUGGGUGUUCAGAGAAGUCCUCCCAUCUAUACGAAAAACAGGCUCGUAUAAUUUACCAGAUAGAAGGUCACUCAGAUAUAACCAAAUAAUCCUUAUAAAUGAAACGGACCUUCAUCACGCAGUUGUGAGUUACAUUAGAGACAACUACCCAGAGGCUGUAAUAAUACCUAGUCUAGGUGAGUAUCAGGACACUAUGUCAAGGAGAUGUGAUGCCUGGAAAAAGGGAUACAAAGGUGGUCAGCCGGAUCUUAUUAUAGAGAAUCCCAUGGGGAGGUAUAAAGGAUUUGCCAUUGAAUUUAAGUCUCCUAAGGGCACUGGGACUGCAAGUGAGAAGCAAGUAUUAUGGCUUCGUAAGCUUAUGGAAAUAGGGUAUAUGGUAAUGAUAUCCGACGACUUGAUAAAAACUUGUAUUAGAAUUAACGAGUACUUCUCACUUAAGAAAACCGUAAGAAAAGUUGCAGUGAAAAUUACCGCUAGCGGUGCGAAGACGUACAGACCAAAGUUCAAAUCAGAUAAGUACUAAGUUAUCUCACCAGCAGAUUUAAGUUAUCUCACCAGUUAUCUCACCAGUAGAUUUAAGUUAUCUCACCAGUAGAUUUGAGACAUCUUACAAGUAAAUUUAAGUUAUCUCACAAGUAGACUCUAGAUGUCUCACAAGAUAAAACCCAGUUAAACCUAAGGUAUCUUACAAGUAGAAUGGAAGAUAAACCUGAGCAAACUCAAGUAGUAACAAGUGAAAAGAAGAAAGACCCAUAAAGAGUAGCUGCAGGAAAACGAUUAGCCGCAAUCAGUAAAAUAGCAAAGGAGAGAAAAAAGAAACUUGCAGAACCUGAGGAGUCAUCCAGCAAUAACAUGAUCGCAUAUGUAGGAGUGGUCAUCGCAUUGGUAUCCCUUGCUCUAGCAUUUAAUCAGCAUCAGACGGAAACAGAGAAACCAGAACCUAAGUACAUCCCUGAAACUGUAGAAGUAACCAGGAAAGCUGAUGCGUCUAAGUUAGAUUCACUUGAAUGAUACGUUAAACAUAAUAUAUAUUAUAGCAAGAUGAGUAAAGAAUCAAAGAUGACCGCGGAAGUGUACAACGCAGUGUUACUUACAGCAGGAGCAGUUGGUAUAUCAAUGGCAUCGAAAAAACUAUUGAAAGAACCAUUAGGCACCCCAGAAAAUGUAAAAGGAAUGGCAAAGUUAGCUGUCUCAGUUAGCCUCUCAUCUCUACUAGUCUCUUACCUGAAAGAAAAGAAGUAUAUACCAGAUGAUCCAUUCAAACCUAAGUAAGACUAUACAAUGGCGGGAGCAGUAGCAGGAGGACUCUUUAAUGCAUUUGCAUUUGCUGGAGCGGGAUAUCUAUUUAAAAUGUUUGACAAGAAUGGAUACGCUGAGGAAGCCCACAGACACAACAUUGCAAUGGAGAACCUAACAGCUGAAAGAGAGAAGUACCUUGAAGAAGUCACCGAUAGAAGAAACAGACUUGCGCAACUUAAGGCCGAACUAGCUGAGGCGAAUAGGGAUAUUAACGCAAUAAAUAAGGCAUUGGAACUCAUCAGGAGAAUCAACGAGCUAACACGUACAGCUAUGCCAAGAAAGCCGCAACUAAGUAACCACUACAAACCUAGCUCAGAGAUGGAAGAAUAUAUGGCAAUAUUUGGUUUAAUUAUGGGUGGGGUGGUUGGAGGGGCAGCUUAUUUAUUACUAUAAAAUAUUAAUUUAAUACGGCAAUAGAUUUUUACACAUAUAUUGUAGAGAAAUGGACUGGCUUGCAAUGGUAGACGUUGACGAGGUAAUAGCCCUCGGUAAAAGGGUAGACACUAUAGAGGAGUUGGAGGCCGCGGUUAAAAAAUAUGUGGAACUGAGAAUAAUAAGGAGACGUAAAAACAGACAACAAAAACAAGCAGAAUAUUUUAACACAUAUAGUAUAGGGAAUGGACUGGCUGACACUGGUAACACCUGAUGAAAUGGAAAGAGUCGGUAGGAGAGCAAAAAACAUUGAGGAGCUGGAGGCCGCAGUAAUGAAAUACGUGAGAGGUAAAAUGAAGGUUGUACAUACAUACGAACCGGAAUGUGUUGAAUGUGGUAGUAAGUCUAUUGUAAUAAUAGAUGGAGCAGAUGUAUGCACACAAUGUGGUACAAGUGACAGGAAUGGCUUUACAUACUAUGUUAGUUACAACCACAACAAGGACGACUACCUGAAAAAGAAGUCUUGUCAUAACAGAGUCCGUUGGUUUGAGAGACACUUAUUAGAGCAUGUUGCUUCAGGGGAUAGGGAUACCAUACGGGAGCAGUUCAGAAGCAUCGUAAGAUGUAUACAAAGACUUAGACUGCAACGGGGGCGCAACAUAGUUAGAUAUAAGUUUUACCUACUGAAGAUAGCCAGCAUUAACAACAUCACGUUAAGAAACCCUCCUGAGGACAUUAAGACCAAAAGAAUUGUGGACAUCCUUGAGAAUAGGUUAUAUAGUAAAGUCUUCCCCGAGUUGGGAUGGAAACCUAUAAAUUGUAAAUAUUAUAAUAACUGGAAAUUAAAGAAUAAAUUAUAAAUUAAAUAAAAUAUAAAAUUAUAAAAUUAAACAAAAUAUAAAAUUAUUAAAUUACAUAAAAUAUUAAAUUAUUAAAUUAAAUUAAAUAUUAAAUUAUUAAAUUAAAUAAAAUAUUAAAUUAUUAAAUUAAAUGUUAAAUAAAUUAAUGAAUUAAAUAGCCCCUUAAUUGGGGCUAUUUUUUUUACCUAUAGUAUAUAGAGAAAGAGUGAAAAAUGGCGAACAACUUUGACAUGAACGACAUGACCGUUGAACAACUUAUGGCACUUAGUGAGAUAAUCGAUGACAGCGACUAUGAAGGAAAUCUUGAGGAUGAAGUGGAGAAAAUCUCGGAGGAUAAAUUCUACCGUGUUGCACCUAAGGACAAGGGAGAGAACGUCCUCGCGGAAGAGAAACUAUUCAUUGAUGAAGGUGAUAGAGCUGCGGAUCCUAAGAGGCCAAGAAGACUCCCACUGAACUACAAGGGUAAGAGAGGAAUAAUGCCAACAUGGAAAUAUUCCGAGAGGCAGAAGGCAAAGGCUUUACUAGUCGAGGAGGCAUAUCAGAGCUUACUAAGUAGAGGAGUUGAAGGUCUACCACCAACAAUGGGAGGUAGAUGGAGAACGGACGAUCCUCAAGUAAACGCGGAGAUGAAGAGGCUCGAAAACCUUAGGAAUCCCAAGCGUCCUAGAGGUAGACCACCAAAGGUCAAGGUUGAUGGUGAAGUAACCCCCAAAAGAAGGGGUAGACCACCAAAGACCAAAGAAGUUAAGGUUGCCAAAAGGAGAGGUAGACCACCAAAGGCUAAGGUGGUUGAAACUCAAGAAGUUACGGUUCCUAAGAGGAGAGGUAGGCCACCAAAGGCUAGGGUAGUAGAAACACCGAAACCUAAGGUUAGAAGACAGACUGUCGCAGAAAGGUUCAUAAGCCAGGGUCGAAUAAAACUCUCAGUUCCUGCGGAUAGUGUCAUAACACAGGUGGGACCAAAUAAGUUCACGGUGACAGUGGAUCUCAGCAGAAAACCUACAAGGAAAGCUCCUGAGGUGCCAAAAGGUGUGACUCCAUGGAGACCUGUUCCUAAGCCUAGAACCGUUCUUCCUAAGGAAAAACCUGUUCCUAAGCCUAGAACUGUUCUUCCUAAGGAAAGACCUGUUCCUAAGCCAAGGACUAAAAAACCAGUGCCUCCUCCAAAGUUACGAAAGCCUGCAAGGGUGACUAGGGAAGUUGUGGAGCAGCCUGUGGUGGUUACACCUGAGGAACAUGAAAUCGAUCCAUUUGGAACAUACCUCGAUAAGCCAUCCUACAGGAAAAUAGAAACUGCCGCAAAUGGAGCAGCUGUGACCUACUCAAUAACUCCAAACUAUACGGACCCACUGGACCAGAUGACAGCAAGUAGGCAGGUGGUGAGGGGAAUACUAGUGAACGAGUUGAAGAGAAUGGGAGGUCUAAAAUAUACAGAAACAAUCAAGGUGAGAAUGUCGAAGGAAAUCGGUAAUGAUAAAACAAAGAAGGAUUCAAUAUACUUCAAGUCGAAAACUGGAACUGCGACCAACUUUGAGGAUAUCGAAAGCACUGCGGCACAAAACCAGCUGACAAUCCUAUCCAGAAUUGAAACAUUCCAAAACCUAGGUUCAAACUGGAUUAUACUAAAUAUUGAAAGCCACUACGUUAACAUUGCAAUGUAUAAACCUCUAAAGGGUAGUUCAUAUAUGAAAUUACCCGCAGACAUUAGUAAUCCAAAAUGUGGUCUCAUUAAUAUGAAAAAUGAAGAUAACAAAUGUUUCAUGUGGAGUCAUGUGAGACACGUGAGACCAAAGGUCAGGAGAGCAACUACUAUAACACGACAGGAUGUUAAGUUCUCGGAAAACCUAGACUAUGAGGGAAUAGACUUCCCUGUGAAAAUAAGUGAUAUUGACAAAAUCGAGAGAAGAAACUGUAUAAGCAUAUCAGUGUUCGGCUAUAAGGGCAAAAAGCAGUUCUACCCAAUAAGAAACUCCAAGACAAAAUACGACGAGCAUAUGGAGCUGCUACUCUUAGGUGACGGUGAUGGUAACAACCACUACGUUCUAAUAAAGGAUGUAAACAGAAUGCUCUUCAGUGUAAGUGGAAACUCGAACAAGAAACACUUCUGUCUGCAUUGCCUUCAUAGUUGCGUAAGUAAGGAGUCACUGGAGAAACAUAAGGAGACAUGUCUCGAGGUAAAUGGAACUCAAGCCACAAAGCUUCCGAGUAAGGGUACAAAAAUAAAGUUCAAAAAUCACAGGAACUCAAUGCCUGCACCAUUUGUGAUAUACGCCGACUUCGAGUCCAUACUGGUUCCCGAAGAGAGAAAAGUUGAUCCUGAAAGCUCUGAGGAAAAGAGUACUACAGACCUUUACCAAACACAUAAAGCCUGUAGUUUUGGGUUGAAAACAGUGUGUCAUUAUGAUGAUCAGUACUCUGGUGAAUACAUAAGUUACGUUGGUGAGGACGCCACGAAUGUCUUUCUGAAGACAGUAUUGAAGGAGUCUAUUAAGUGCCGGGAGAUGGUAAACAAAAUAUUCAAGAAAAAGAUGGUAAUUACACCAGAGCAAGAAGCUGAGUUCUGGAUGACAAGAAACUGCUCCAUAUGUGGUAAUGACUUAGGUGAUGAUAGAGUGAGAGAUCACGAUCAUGUAACUGGAAUGUAUCGUGGAGCUGCCCAUAAUAUGUGUAAUCUGAAGUAUAGAAUCACAUGGAAAGUUCCGGUGGUUUUCCACAACCUAAGAGGUUACGAUAGCCAUCUGAUAAUGCAGGAGAUUGGAAAGUUCAAGAUGAACAUCAACGUUGUCCCAAAUAAUAUGGAAAAAUAUAUUUCCUUCUCACUAGGUAAAAGUCUUGUGUUCAUUGACUCAAUACAGUUCAUGGCUUCUUCUUUGGAAGCACUUGUGAGUAACCUUUCACCUGAAGACUUCAGGAUAGUUGGUAAGAGGUGGACUGGUGAGGACUUCAAACUUGUGACACAAAAAGGUAUAUUUCCAUAUGAAUAUUUGGAUGAUAUUAGUAAACUUAAUGUUGAGGGUCUUCCAAGCAGAGACAAAUUCUACUCAUCUCUAUAUGAGUCGGAGGUGAAAGAAGAAGAUUACCAAAGAGCGCUAAAAGUAUGGGAUCACUUUAAGAUGAAAACCAUGAGAGACUACCACGAUCUCUACCUAGAAACUGACGUUCUUCUUCUAGCAGAUAUCUUCGAAAACUUCAGGAGAACUUGCUUGGAAAAUUACAAGCUUGACCCUGCACACUACAUAUCAGCACCUAGUCUAAGUUGGGACGCCUUCCUGAAACAGUCAGGUGAGGAGAUAGAAUUGGUAAGUGAUAUGGACAUGUUCCAGUUCUUUGAGAAGGGAAUGAGAGGUGGUAUAAGUCACAUUGCCCACAGACACUCUACAGCAAAUAAUAAGUACAUGGAAACGUACGACGAAGAUCUUGAAAACAAGUUUCUUAUGUACCUCGAUGCCAACAAUUUAUAUGGUUGGGCGAUGUCGCAGCCGCUGCCUAAUGGUGAGUUUGAGUGGAUUGAGAAUUUCGAUGCGGCAAACUUAGAUGAUUACCUUGGAGACAACGGAAGGGGUAUGGUUUUAGAGGUUGACAUGGAAUACCCAAAGGAACUUCAUAAUCUACACAACGGUUAUCCGCUAGCACCGGAGAGCAAGGAGAUUGGUGCCUCAAUGUUGUCAGACUACGCGAAGGAUAUUGCUGAUAAAUUCCAGCUGACAAUUGGAGGAGUAAGAAAACUGGUGAACUCCCUAGGUCCCAGGAAAAACUACGUCUUACACGCCCGCAAUCUGAAACUCUACAUGGAACUCGGAAUGAAACUUACGAAGGUCCAUAGAGCCGUCUCAUUCAAACAGUCCCCUUGGCUUAAGAACUAUAUCGACUUCAAUACGAAGAAACGGUCAGUUGCACGUAAUACUUUUGAAAAGAACUUCUUCAAAUUAAUGAACAACUCAAUCUAUGGAAAGACCAUGGAGAAUCUAAGAAAGAGAGUUGACGUGAAAUUAGUGUCAUCAGAAAAUGACCUCCUAAAACUUACAGCGUCGCCGUGCUUCCAGUCGCAUAGAAUUAUGAAUGAGAACUUAAUAGUUGUAAAGCGAACGAAGGAAGUUCUAACUCUAAACAAACCGUGCUACGUUGGAAUGAGCAUCUUAGACUUAUCAAAGACUCUUAUGUACGACUUCCAUUACAAUACAAUUAAGAAGGAGUACGGUGACAGGUCAAAGCUACUGUUCACAGAUACUGACAGUCUGAUGUAUGAAAUAAAGACUGAUGAUGUGUAUGAGGACUUCAGGAGGAUCGGUGAGGAGAAAGACUGCUGGGACAACUCAGACUAUCCAAAAGAUUCCCCAUACUACUCAGCUCAUAAUAAGAAGGUGAUUGGUAAGUUUAAGGAUGAAGCUGCGGGAGUACCAGUGAUUGAAUUCGUUGGGUUGAGGUCGAAGAUGUACUCCUACGUGAAGGAAAGUGGUGGAGGUGGAAUGACCGCGAAAGGAGUGAAAAAGUAUGUGAUUAGAAACAAACUCACUCAUGAAAACUUCAAGAACAUAAUUAAGACAAAAGGUUUGAUGAGACAUAAGAUGAACACAAUCAGAAGCAUCAAACAUAAAAUCGGAACUUACGAACUGAAGAAAAUCACACUCAGCUGUUUCGAUGAUAAACGGUACUUACUUGAAGAUGGUGUUACAAGUUACGCGUACGGACACCACUCAAUAGAAAAGUAAAUUGUUAAAUAAUUCUGAUAAAUAAUAGAUAAAAAAAAUGAGGUAAAAGACCACGGAAAAAAUGGCCUAGAAAAAAAAUGGUCUAGAAAAAUGAGCCCGCGUUCUUUGGGGAAAAUUCGGGAAACCGCUGACCGGAAGUGGGGUGGGAUCGCGGGCCGAAAAAGUGGUCUAGAACCCUCAGUUCCUAUACUACUAAUAAUCGAUGCCCCUUCUUCGACAUUUAGCGAUUUAAAUGUUCAAUUGAAGCUGUCCGCUCUUUCGUCUGUUCAUAUUAUAGUUUUCUGCGUGCGAAAAGUUUUCAACAACUUUACAACGGAAGAAAAAUCGUUGAAUCGUGAGAAAAAUCUGUGUUAGUGUUACAGAUUUUUCUCCCGAUUUUGUGAAUCGCAAGGUGCUGACGCGAGUACUCACGACCAAUGCUCACCACAGGUUAUUUACAUACAGCGAGCAAAAUCGGCCCGACAAAUCGCAGCGUGUAAACGUAUCUUUACAGUUAUGUCUUACCAUAGUAAGUUAGUUUUUUUAAUGAAUUUCGAUGUUUAUGUACGAGUUUUUUCGUCAUUAAGUUUUUGUAUACAGUUUUAAAUUUGUAUUUUGUUGCCAACCUUGGGGAUAUAUAUUACACGGCAAAAAACGCCGAGCCCGUUGCUCAACAGGCUGCCCACGUUGUUCACAGUCUUCACACUUGUCAACAAUAUUGAACAAUGUUGUUGAGCCUGAACAAUGUGGGCAGCAAAACAUUGUUCAAUCCCUGCCUCGUCCCCAGGCGCUAAUAAAAAAAUUUCAUGCGAGUCACUAUAUGAAAGGUUUACAUGAAGUAGUGCGUCACAUUCUAGCCGCGCAAAGGGGAGUGGGAUAUGAGCGUUCUGUGCCUCAAGCCCAUAACCCCCUGCGCUUGUUCAUCGCGAUGCACUACUUCAUGUAAAUCUUUCAUAUAGUGACUCGCAUGAAAUUUUAAUUAGCGCCUGGGGACGAGGCAGGUUCAAUCCUGUUUUCAUCAGUAUUGCAUCAACCUGCACGUUUUUACGCGUGUAAAUAAUGACGCAAGUCACGCAACGCUAUUGUGAUGUCACACGUACUUCAUGUAAUACAAAUUAUAGAGGUUUUACUGUACAUUGAAACACUGCAUGUCAAAGCAUUGCAUUUUAAAGCAAAUCGUAUGGAUUUUUUUGAAAAAUAAAAGACCUUUUCGGGAGACCUAUGGUGUGCGGCAGGCUCAAACAACAACAUUUGCCAAAAAUACAAUGUAUUUCAAAAAUAGUUUAUGUGAAAAUGUACAAUUAUAAAUCUGGCUACAAAGAUCCAUGUAGAGUUUGUGCGAUAAAUAUUGUUUUAAAAAGUAUUCUUUAUCAUAAAUAUUAAAUAUACACAUACAUGUUACAUAGCUUUGUCAAUACAACUUGGACAUACUUAUAUACUGAAAAUAUAAAUAUACUGAUGCAUGUAUAAUAGAUAAUUGCAUGACUCUAUGAACUGUAGCAUACAAUCCUAUACUGUCUUGGAAAACUAUUUCCUCCAACUUUAUUUGUACAAAAAUAGUAUAUUUUGAAAUCACACGCAAAUAACACCUUCUUUUCCUUUAAAAAUACAAACUGAAAAAAGCCCCUGAAAAAUCCGACAAGAUCUAUUUAUGAUUUCUUAAUAGAUAUACACAUGCACGUAAAAACUCGCAAGUUAAGGCCCUGUCGCACUACUGCGUAUGAGAGAAACGUAUGAAAAGUGUAUGAAAAUUAAUGAAAUAAUUUUCAUACGCACAAAAGUCCUUUGAUAUGCUUGCGUAGGAGUACCGUACAUCUGCAUGGCGUACUUCUAGCGUAUGCCUAGAGUAUGCUUAUCUUAUAAACCAUACGUCCGAAUACGCACAAAAUUUUUAAGCAUGCUUAAAAAAAGUUUCUGCCUCGCCGUGCCAGCGUAUGUCACCGUACGCGACCGUGCUUGAAACGUAUACAACCUAUAUGCCUAACGUACCCCAAGCGAUUGUCAGCGUUUUCCAGCGUAUGAGUGAUAUUUUUCAUACGCGCUGGCAUGCGCUAGUACGAUACACAAUAGUGUGACAGGGCCUUUAUUACAGAUCUGCAAACAAGUUGUAACAAGGUUGUUGUCAAACUGUGAUCAGAAUGUGUUCGCACUGCUUGUUCCCAGUUGUUAUGACAAGUCUGAAAACAAGUUGGUAUCACCUUGUUACAAGGUUGAUGAUGGUAACAGCCUUGCUAUACAGGUUGUUCCAAAUAAGUUGUCAUCAACUUGUUAACAACUCGUUACGUGCAGACGAUAUCAGACUUGUUGGAACAAUUUGUUGCGAGUCUGUUGGCCUCAUGUUACAAGAUCAUAAUAAUUUCUUCCAAACUUGUCAACAACUGCAUGGGAACAAGCAGUGCGAAUACAUCUUGCGGACAAACUAUGACAUUUGUGUAGUUUACCUAAAAACGUUUCCAUAGAGUCGGUUGUUUAUCAAUUUGAAUUAAUUAGCAUUCUAAUUUCAUCCAACAUGGCGAAAAUCCGUUAUGUGGCUUUAGGACUGGUUGCACAUGUAGUAAAGACGGCAUACAGAAUUACAGGAGCUUGCAUAAGAAAACUUUUAACCUAACUCAGUUUUCAGUCUACAGUACCUUAUCGUCAGAAACUAAGAACUCAACAAACCAAAGAACGAACAACUAA